AUGGUAGCAGCGUCGUCUGCUUCGCGGACCAAGUCCGUGAAGCGCGUGAAGAAGGGAACAGAGACCACCAAGUCGCAUCGAUUUGAGCCGUUUUCGCAGCGUGUCGCAAAGCUGAAAAUUGACCCCAUUCAUCGUGUGCGACAGCCGGACUUUGGUGAAGAAGAUGACGAGACUUCGUCCUAUUUUCGGUCCGCGUUUGAGCACUGGGCUGAGCUGAAUUUAUCGGAAAAUUUCGUGCAGUUUUCCCGCCGAGUCAAUCCGUUGUGCGAGAGUCUCGCCCAGAUCUUGUACUAUGAGGAUAAAAUAAUGGGGCUGUUGGUAGAGUUUAUCGAGAAGCGAGACCAGCUGUCCAUGGAGCCGUUGCUGAGUCUUCUCGCCCAGUUCGCGAGGGACCUGGGUGUACGGUUCGAGAAGCACUUUGCUACCGCGGUGAGUCUGGUAGCGUCUGUGGCUGCUACUCACCCUCAAGUGGAGGUGGUUGAAUGGAGCUUCACAUGUCUGGCAUGGAUUUUCAAGUUUCUUUCGCGUCUUCUCGUUCCGGAUUUGAGACAGCUGUUGGGGAUCAUGACCCCGUACCUGGGAAAAGAACGACAGAAGCCAUUUGUCGCCCGAUUCGCCGCCGAGUCAAUGUCCUUCCUUAUUCGAAAGGCAGGCUUGCUAUACUACAAAAAUAAUACGCCUCUUACACGUGCGGUGUCGUUCCUGCUCCAUGAUUUGCGACAGGCCGAGGCGGAGUCGAAGAACGUGGAAAUCUACAAGGAAGGACUCAUGACUAUGUUUUCUGAUGCCAUCAAAGGCGUAAAGGGUGGAAUCCACUCGAAUGGAACCGAUAUUCUCGGCUGCUUUUUGGACAACCUAGAUACAGACGAUGAUGUGGAGAGCAGUUUGGGCUUGCAAGUCGCCAGCGGGAUUUUGAUCAACCUCAUCCAUUGUACAACCGUCGAUACAUUUGAACCGAUACUGGACACAGUCAUAUCGUAUAUCGAAAGCAACUGCCAGGGAGCUGGGAAGAACCAUGCGAAUUCAUGUUGUCGCUUAAUAUUCCUAUGUGUUUCAGCCCGUAAAGGAUCGCGAGUAAAGAACUGGAAGCCCGUUCUUCAGGCUCUGCUUCUUCUCCUUCAGUCAGUAUCCGCGGCGCCUGGUGCGUAUACAGAGGCUGUACCCCAGCUCCUUACUGCCGUGGCAUAUACACUGCAGCUCGCUCCCAUGGAUGAAAUGCUACCAUUUAUGCGCUCAAUCAUGGAAACUGUCACUAGUGACCAGCUCUCCAAUCACUUCUUAUCAUUCUGCGCUACAUUCUCCGAGUGGGGUGCAGAGAGGUUCCAUAGUGUUGUCCUGCCUUAUUUUCAAAAGUUCGUCAAUGUUUCAUGGCAGGAGUACGAAUAUGAGCUUUGCUUGGCCUUGCUUCGUCUGAGCCAAACCGGUUGCAUAACAUCUGAAGUUUCCAAGCCUGGCUAUAUCAUUUGCCCGGUCACUUGGAAGGAUCGGAUAAAGGAUAUGCUGAGCAAUAACAAGCCUAGUGUUGCUGAUGUGACCCUCCUCAACGCAUAUUCGCAGCUUCCCAGGGCCAUGUCGUUGUCCACUGAGCCUUCUCUUCUAUCCGACAUGAGUCUGAUCUUCCACGAUCAGCUAGCUCGUAUUCUGAAGAGCAACGAUUUGGAAUUGUCUCCUGAGACCAAAUUUUUCAUUGGGCAAGGCUUCAAGUCUUAUGUUGAGUUGGCAACACUCCAGGGAGGGGUUGAUACUGGGCUUUGGGACCGCAUCAGCGUGGUCGCAGCCAAGUACUCACGUCUUGAUGUUUUCCUCGAGGCAACACUAGCCUACGUCUCUGCUUGUUCUGAGCGACUUGAUCUCCAAAAGCCCUCGCUGGAAGAGCUUGCUGAUGUCCUUAUUACUAAUCUUGCUGGCCCAUCCCACCAGCUAAGGCUGUUGUCCUUGAAAAUAUUGCGAGUCAUAGUCGAUGCUUCAGGUGACGAUUCUUCUCUGAUCUCAGUGGCCAUUGAAAUCGAGGAGAGUCCCUUGACUCUGCAGUCUGCCAGAUAUCUGGCUAUGCAAGUGCGGAAACUUGCGAUAUCAUAUCCCCAAGUUGUUUCACGCAGAUGGAUGCCUCGGCUGAUACCCAAUUUCUGCUUCGGACUGUUUUCGAAGAAGAUGGCUCCCUUGUGGGAUGACUCUGCUGCUGCUUUAAAAUCAGUCAGCGAGCAACCAGAGGGGGAGAUAAUUGUCUCGGAUUUAGCGAUCCAGUGGCUCCAAGAAAAGGGGUCUCUCCUAUCAGCGGGGGACUCGGACGGCGAUGAUAACAUGGACACCUAUGUGACAGGAGACUUCCAGUGUUAUAAUGCCGCCAGGGCCGAAAGUCUCUGCGCGAAAAACUUCGAAGACUCUGAGCAACCUGCAUCAGCCUUGAUGCAGGAUUUUGAGAAAAUUCAUAGCUUCUCUGAAGUCAUCCCUGCUUCUCCUCAGACACACGCGUUGCGUGUCCUCAAUGCGAUACCAAACAUAGCAGAAAAGCGAUCCCGCCAAGUCGUUCCUUUGUUCCUGUCCUGGGCAUUGCACGAUGAUGAAGAUGCUCCCUCUGGCGCUGCUGAGAAGUCAGCAGAGUCUGGCCCGUCCUUUACCUGGGGAUUUCAUGAUCGAUUGGCUUUCCUAGGCCUUCUCGGUCAGUUUGUCAAUCCCAAAGUUUUGUUCAAAGCGCCCGAGGUUCACGAUGCGCUUCUUGGAUUACUUUGCCAUGGAAAUUCUGAAAUCCAAAAGUUGGCCCUCAAAGCCCUAUUCACUUGGAAGUCUUCUAGCAUCUCUCCAUACAGGGAGAACCUCCUAAACAUUCUAGACGAAUCGCGGUUCAAGGAUGAACUGUCCGUUUUUGUCCAAGCCGGUGGAGAGGAUAGCCUCAUCGACGAAGGACAUAGGGGAGAGCUUAUUCCCGUCCUCCUUCGACUGCUUUAUGGUAGGAUGAUCUCAAAGGCUGGUGCGAGUGCGACCCAGGCAGGGCAAUCGGGACGUCGGAAGGCCAUUUUAAGAACUCUGGCACAGUUGCCUGAUCGAGAGUUCGAAUUUUUCAUGCGGAUAUCUUUCGGCCCCCUUGGGGAUGUCCACUUGGUUCAAAAUGGUGAGAUUGACAAGUACGCAUUUUCGCGUGAACUUGCUAGCCCCAAGAAGCAGGCUGGUUUGUUAAAGACGAUUGAGACUGUCUUUGAAGCUCUUCAAAGCCGGGUAGCGCCUUAUGCGUCACAGUCCAUGGAUGUCGUUCUCUACUGCCUUGUUCUUGCAUGUCGUGAGUUAGGAAAAGAGCAAACGGCGGACGCGGUAGAAUCACAAGAAGGACGUCUUUUAGCAGUAUUGCGCAACAUUCGGCACUUGUGUAUUAGGUGCCUCGACCUUAUAUUCUCUAUCUCGCCGGACCGAGAUUGGGCACCCUAUGUCCGUGUUAUCUUUGACGAAGUCAUUACCCCGAGGCUCGAAAAUUUCGCCACGGAGACUGCCCAAGGAGUGUCUGGGCUUCUCAAGUUGUUCCAUGUCUGGGCUUCUUCUCCUAGAUCUUCGUUCUAUCUUGCUCAGUACAACAAUACGCUCCUGGAUAAAAUUGUGGACUGCCUUGGCGUGGAAUCCGCCCGCGACGAAGUUAAAAUUUUCGUCAUGGAUGAUAUUCUGACGCCGCUGAUUGAACUUGCCACUGGAAGGGAGCUCGAAGAGAAGGAGAAGAUGAGUGAUUUUGCUGCUGGUGAAAUCCAGUCAGCGGUUCUUGUACCUUAUAUAGAACAUACCCUUUCUCAUCUCGGAGCUCUUCUGAAGCGAGGUCCUUCCCGACCUGUGUUGAACUCUGGGGUUCAAACCCUUUCUCUGCUCGCUCCUUGUGUGGAAUCGUCUGGAGAAACGUCACGCUUGAUCAGUAUAACCACUUACCUUCUUCGCCAGCCUCCAGAUCGAGUAUCACCGAAAACGAAAUCUGGCCUUUUACGCAGCUUGGAGCACUUUCUGCCCUUGUACGAUCCGCAGGAGGACAUAAAUCUUUCCCGAGAGGUAUUCGAAGCGAUCUCUUCUAUGUUCGAUUACUUCAAGGAUGAUACGAACCGGGAAGUCUUAUCCAGAGUCUUCACGGCCUUUUCAAAGCGCGAUUCCGAGCUCACCGAAGUCGCCAAUCUUUGCGAAGACCUAAAUUCCGUGUCGAGGAAGAAACUGGAGGUGGAUUAUGAGCGUCGACUGCAAGGGUUUAGAAAAAUCAACGAGUGCCUUUGGAACACAUUUAACGCCAGGCAGUGGCGGCCCCUACUCUAUAACAUGCUGUAUCAUGUCAAAGACGAAGAGGAGCUGGCAAUCAGAUCGAGUUCCUCCUUUGGGCUGAAACGGUUCAUAGAGAGAGCCGCUGCUGAGAGCGAUAAUGUAGAUGAGUUCGAGCUUCUGGUCAAGGAUGUUUUGAUCCCUGCUUUGCAGAACGGAGUUCGACAAAAGUCAGAGCUUAUUCGCUCAGAGUUUGUCUCAGCUCUUGGAUACUUCGUUAAGUUGAAUCCGAACAGACCCGCUGUGCAAGAUAUGCAUGUUUUGCUUGUUGGAGAUGAUGAAGAGGCAUCCUUCUUCAAUAAUAUCCUCCAUAUUCAACAGCAUCGCCGCCUCCGGGCCCUCCGCCGCCUUGCAAGCGAGGCAGGGAAAGGCAACCUUCAGGCCUCCAAUAUUAGCACUGUAUUCAUUCCUCUCAAUGAACAUUUUGUGUUUGAUGAGGAGGCAGACGAGGGCGCCCACAAUCUAAUAGCAGAAGCCGUGGCAACAAUCGGUGUUCUGGCUGAAUCGCUGGAUUGGAGCCAAUUCAGGGCCAUUUUCCGCAGGUAUCGUGGCUACAUGCAUAGCAAGUCUGAUAUGGAGAAGAACAUUUUAAGGCUCUUGGGAAGAAUGUCCGACGCUUUGACGACUGCCAUGAGCCAGAAAGGCAUAUCGCAAGAAGCAACUGGGGGUGAAACGGACGGUGUCGAGAGUACGACAUCUUCGAAAUGUACUCUUGCUCAGUCAUUACCGUCUGCGACCAAGGUUGCAACGGAAUUGACCACAAACUUCAUACCUUUCCUGACUGACUUCAUUCACCACAAAGAUGAAGCGCAGAUGAGUCUGCGUUUACCAGCGGCGGUGACCACCAUCAAAUUGCUGAAGCUUCUGCCAGAGGCAGAUAUGGCUACCCGCCUACCCCCGGUUCUAUUGGAUGUCUGCAGCACCCUCAAGAGUAAAGCACAAGAUUCCCGAGACACAGCGAGGAAAACAAUCAACGAAAUCGCUCUCCUCCUGGGCCCUAUUUACUUCGCAUAUAUCCUCAAAGAACUUAAGAGUACACUGACGAAAGGCUACCAACGCCACGUUCUCUCGUUCACCGUUCAUUCCAUGCUCGUGGUGACGACAGAUGAAUUUAAACAAGGUGACUUGGAUUACUGUUUGGGAGAUCUCAGUGGUGUUGUGAUGGAUGAUAUUUUUGGUACCGUAGGUCAGGAAAAGGAUGCAGAAGAAUAUGUGAGCAAGAUGAAGGAGGUCAAGAGCAGCAAGAGUUAUGACUCCAUGGAGCUCCUUGCAAAGAAUGCCUCUGUUCAGAACCUGGCCCGCAUGAUUCGACCUCUACAGUCACUUCUCCGGGAAAGGCUGAACUCUAACAUUGUCAGAAAGGUCGACGAGCUUUUACGCAGAAUUGGAGUGGGUCUUUUAAGGAAUCCCGGGGCCGAAAGCCGCGACCUUCUGGUCUUCUGCUAUGAAGUUAUUAAGGAGUCGUAUCGCGAACCAGUGCACAGUGAGAAGCAACGGGAGGUAUCUGUUGCAGAAGAGCGAUUCCUAGUGAAAUUCCGGAAAAGGGACGAGAAACGCGGUUCUACUUCUUCGUAUACCUACAAGUUGACUCGAUUUGCUUUGGAUGUUCUGCGCUCAGUACUCAAUAAAUUUGACACCCUCCUCACACCGGCUAAUCUGGCAGGGUUCAUUCCGGUCAUUGGUGAUGCAUUAGUACAGGCACAUGAAGAAGUGAAGGUUUCGGCUCUUCGACUAUUGUCGACAAUGAUCAAACUGCCUCUAGCCGACCUCGACAACAACUCUCAUGUUUAUCUCACUGAAGCUGUGAAAGUAAUCAAGGAGGCUCCAAGCACGAAUACGGAAGCUGCCCAGGCAUCCCUGAAGCUGAUUGCAGCCAUGUUACGAGAAAGAAAGAGCACUAACCUCAGGGAUGGCCACCUUGCCUAUCUCCUACAACGUCUCACGGCCGACAUAGAGGAGCCAGAUCGACAAGGUGUGACGUUCAAUUUUAUCCGAGCCGUCAUGUCUCGCAAGUUUGUGGUGCCCGAGAUGUACGAGUUGGUAGACCAUAUUGCCACCAUGAUGGUCACAAACCAGACUCGCUCUGCGCGUGAUCUGGCACGAGGUGUUUACAUCCAUUUCCUCGUCGAGUUCCCCCAGGCUAAAAGCCGGUGGACGAAGCAACUCAGUUUCUUGGCCAAGAACCUCGAAUACAAACAUCCGGAAGGUCGUCAGUCAGUUAUGGAAGCGAUCAACUUGCUGUUGUCAAAGACGGGGCACGAGCUAGCUCAAGACAUUGUUGGCACUUUCUUCUUGCCGGUUGUCAUUGUUAUGGCGAAUGAUGACACGCCCGAGUGUCGCGAAAUGGCAGGUGUCUUACUGGGACAAUUCUACACUAGGGCAGACAGAGAACAAAUGAAGACCAUUCUCACGCCCCUGCGGUCGUGGCUCGAGCAAACGGACAACAUGCUCUUGAGCAGCGCUGGACUGCAGGCUAUGAGAAUAUACUUUGAGGCGGAAGAGACAGAGAAGGAAAAAGAAGCCCGCUUCAUCACGGAGAUUCUGCCAUCCGUUAUGCAACCCGUCCUUGAGGAUGACGACUCUGAAAAUUGGCAGACACUUUAUUUCGCGCUACAACUUUUUGCCAAGCUCAGCAAGGCCGUGCCUUCGAUUGCGCUGAGCAAACAGUGUACUACGAUCUGGGCGGCCAUCCGCGAGUGUCUUUUCUAUCCCCAUGCUUGGGUCAAGACUUGUGCCGCAAAUCUUGUUGGCACCUGGCUUGCGGAUCUCGCCAAAUCAAAUGCAGAAAAUAGCUACAGUGCUCUUCCCCUGGCUGGUGCUACUGGGUUGAUGCUUGAGAAAGAUGCAAUGAUACAUCUGAUCCGGGCCAGUUUACGUUGUCUUCGUACUCCCGCCGUCAGCGAGGAGCUUGCCAUGCAAAGCGUGCGCAACAUUAUAUUCCUCGCCCGGUGCUGUGCCCAGAACGGACUUGUGCUGUCCAAAUCAGGGGGCAAGGAAGCCGAAUCAGAUGCCAGCGAUAGUGACGAUGAUGCCGAUGAAGAAGAGAAGGCAAAGGGAGAACAGCCCGUUCUCCACUACAUCUUCGUCCAGGUGUCGUCCAUACUGCGCCGGGAAAUCAUUUCCACUCGGCAGGAAUGUCUGAUCCCCAAGACUGUCUCCAUUGGGCUUUUGGCUGCACUCUGCCGGCAUCUUGACUCAGAUCAGAUCCGUCAAUCUCUGUCAGUAAUACUGGUGCCUCUUCAGCAUAUGACUGAUUCCUCAAUCCCAGCACCUCGUUCAUCCGACGAGGGCUUCCGCAAUUCGUACAAGGCGCUUGUGUCCAACUGUCACGAGGUUCUUGACCUCAUCCAGAAGAAGCUGGGAACCACAGAAUAUGUGAAUCAAAUGUCCCAUGUGCAAGAGUUGAUCAAGGAGCGACGCGAGGGACGACGAGUCAAGAGACGCAUCGAAGCCGUGACUGAGCCCGAGAGAUAUGAACGCGAGAAGAAGCGGAGGAACGAUCGCAAGCGUGACAAGAGAAAGGAGAAGGGAAUGGAGCAUCGAGCGCGAAGAAGGGGCUGGUAA